AUAGUGUAGCUGUCAAAGACGCGAGUGAUAGUUGAGAGUCGGAUGAUAAAUGUAAUUGACUCCAAAAGAUUUUGCGUGCCAUCUCUUUAAAACCAAUUUUGUUACAUUGUAUCUUUGAUAACGUGCGUUUUUUCCUUUUUGACAUUGCUUUAAAUCGUUUUAAUUAACCACUUUCGUAAAUGUGUCGCUUUAUUUAUGGGAUAUGGAUAUCAUAGAAGCGCUAGUUUGUUACAGUCAGGUUUAACUAUUGUUGAAACAUUAUCUGCUGUCGCCCAUUGUUUUGUUUUUGCUUUUUUACAACUGAACUUCUCCACGUCUGAAUUCUCUGGGAAGCACAUCAAGGAGCUUCAGAGGGCCCAGCAUGGUGAACAGUCAGCUGGGUGGUGUUGUGGCAUCACCUCCCAGGUCAUGUGCAGGAUGCGGGGGGAAGAUCGCAGACCGCUUCCUGCUCUUCUCCAUGGAGCGCUACUGGCACACACGCUGCCUCAAGUGCUCCUGCUGCCACGCAAAGCUGGGCGACAUUGGCACCACCUGCUACAGUAAAGGAGGCAUGAUCCUGUGUAGGAGCGACUAUAUCAGGUUGUUCGGGCACAGUGGGGCAUGCAGCACCUGUGGCCAGUCCAUCCCGGCCAAUGAGAUGGUUAUGAGGGCACAGGGCAAUGUGUACCAUCUCAAGUGUUUCACCUGUGCCACCUGUAGAAACAGACUGGUGCCAGGGGACCGCUUCCACUAUGUCAACGGCACCAUCUUCUGUGAGCAUGACCGGCCAGGGGCUGCACUGCUCAGCAGCCACCUGCCCCCACUCCAGAGUAACCCUGUGCUGCCUGACCAGAAGGUGUGCUGAGUGGUUAGAGCGGUGCGGUGUGCCUUCAUCCUUCCCUUGUCUCCAGAGGUCUCUCCAUCCAUGCUCACCCUGCUCCCGAUACUGUUGUUGUGGAUCCUCAUCACCAUCCACCAUCUUGUCUCUUUGACCAGGAGGCUAUUUUUACUUGCAGGAUCAACUUCAGAUGUGUUGUGCAUAUCCAUGCUUGAAACAGUUUACAAAUACACUGUCAUGGUGAGUCAUGUGUGAUGCAGUGCUGGUCUGCCCAUCAAAGACAAUAUGGACCACAUGAACUACUUCAGGACUGAGGUUACAUGUUGUACUGUAAGUAAGGGACCCCCAAUUCUGUGCAUAUCCAGAACUUUGGUGCUUGUGGACAAAUCUUGCCAUGAGUUUUAAGGGUAUGGCCUGGACCCUCUCUAAGAAGAAUAAAGCAAACAAAAAUAAGUGUCUUCAUGGACACCACUAAAACUCUAUCAGUCACAGUGGUAUUGCUGUGGUCAUCUUUAUUGUCAGGAAUAUCGCUUAGAUGAUGAACUCAGAAUCCCUCUCAAUGGCCUCCUCUGUUACUCUGUGAUGUUUAGACCAUCAUAUGAAUUGGGCUGAAGUCAAGGAAGAAGAUAAAUGUCCAUUCUUUUUUAUAUAAUGCUAUUGUGUGUUUCCCAGUAGAGUUCUAUUUCCUGAAUUAAUGUUGCAUUCAAUUUAAUUAUGGAUGUCUGUUCAAUAUGUGACAUUAUCAGAUGGAGACAAAAAAUACUAUUAAAAUACUUUACUAUAA